CCCUGAGGCUCUUCUCCUCCCGCAGGCUGCUGAAGGGGACACCAGGACCGCCGGGAUGCAGAGCAUCAAGUGUGUGGUGGUGGGUGACGGGGCGGUGGGCAAGACCUGCCUGCUCAUCUGCUACACCACCAACGCCUUCCCCAAGGAGUACAUCCCCACCGUGUUCGACAACUACAGCGCCCAGAACACGGUGGACGGCAGGACUAUUAACUUAAACCUGUGGGACACGGCCGGCCAGGAGGAGUACGACCGCCUGCGGACGCUUUCCUACCCCCAGACCAACGUCUUCAUCAUCUGCUUCUCCAUCGCCAGCCCGCCCUCCUAUGAGAACGUCAAGCACAAGUGGUACCCCGAGGUGUGCCACCACUGCCCCAGCGUGCCCAUCCUCCUCGUCGGCACCAAGAAGGAUCUGAGGAACAACCCCGAGACCAUGAAGCGGCUCAAGGAGCAGAACCAGGCGCCCAUCACCACCCAGCAGGGCAUCAGCCUCUCCAAGCAGAUCCGUGCCGUCAAGUACCUGGAGUGCUCGGCACUCAACCAGGAGGGCAUCAAGGAUGUGUUCACCGAGGCCGUGAGGGCCGUGCUCAACCCCGUCCCGGCCAAGCCCAAGAAGCCCUGUGUGCUCUUGUGACGGGGCUGCCAAGAGACGAUCCUUCCCCUGCCCCACAGCCCCCACACCUCCUGUCCCACCCGCCCCAGUGCCGCCCCGAGCCUCGCUGGGGCCGGGGCCAGCCCAAACCUCCAGCUUUAAUAACUCACACCUUGUUUGCACUAACUGGCCGCCCGCCCGGGGGCAGCGGGGCUCCCCGCCCUGGCUGUCAGCGUUCUCCGGCCCCGGCACAGCAACGCUUCCUGAGAAGGGGAUGCCCAGGGUGGGCCAGCCCCACUCCAGCCCUGAGCACUCCACAGGUACCUGCCAGCUCCACCCUCCACACCAGCUGGGGCACAGGGCAUCCCCAGCCCCUCUGUGCCAGCCCUGGCACUCGCCCAGCCCGGAGCAUUUUGCUGGCACUGCCCCAUCCUGCUCCGGGAUCCCGGUGGCUCCUGGGGGGUGUUUGGGGUGAGCCCCACAGCAGGGACCUCCAGUCCUGCUGAGAGCAGAGCCAGGGUGGCCAGAGUUCCUGCCCUGCCUGGUGCUGGAGCUCCACAGGGCAGCAGGACUCACCUGUAACCAGCUGCCCCCAGAGUUGCUUCUCCUUAAAUAAAAACCUGCCCAGGCC